AUAUUUAAUUCCAGGGCAGAAACUAAGGACACAAUUCCUUCUAGGAAAGAAUCUUAUCACCAUUUACCUCAACCUCCAAACCCCCCUUAACGCAGGAACACACUUUCAGCCCCCAGCUUUCAAUUAAUUAAAACCACGCGGUUCUGGGCCGGCCGACCGAUCGAUCUAAAAAAUCCUGACACGAUUUCGUGUCUAGUAUCUGACCAUGGCUUUUCCUCCGAUAGCGAGGGCGACCUUGCAAGCUGCGCUGAUUAAUGCGGGUUCCAAUGUUCUGGCUCAGGCUAUUGGCGCUUAUAGGGAUGAGAGACCCUUUGAAUUAGACACUCAAGUCUUGUUUCAGUUUACUACUUGUGCCUUUGUUAUUUCACCCUUGACCUUCUUAUGGCUUGAGGGUCUCGAGGCGAAAUUUCCGGGCUAUGAUGAGAGCUCUGCUCCCAAGCCGAAGACGGAGAAGAAGGAGGCACACAAGCCUAAACUGAAUGUGACGAAUACUGUGGCAAAGAUUGUCAUCGAUCAGAUUGUCGGUGGUGCCUGGAACACGGUAGCCUUUAUCAUGACAAUGGGACUUUUGCGCGAUCAGAGCUGGGAUGCCAUUACGCUGCAAAUUCAGAGGGAUUUCUGGCCCAUCCUGAUCGCGGGAUUCAAGCUGUGGCCUAUUGUCUCUAUCUUGAACUUCACAGUUGUACCAACAGACAAACGGCUGCUUGUUGGCAGUCUGUUUGGUGUUAUCUGGGCCAUUUAUUUGAGUUUGAUGUCUGGUUGAUGUUGUAAUAGGUCGUCUGAAGAUUUCCCUGGAUUGCCAGGCUAGCUAGUCUAUGUUGGAAGAUAGAUUGGGCGCUGGGGACUUGGGACCUGCGGGUGGUGUUCACGUUCGUUUAGCAAUUAGUUUGACAUCAAAUCUCAGAAUUCGC